CACACCUUUCACACCCCCUUAAGGAUCGCCCCUCCCGACGGCCUUGCCCCUGCCGGAGGCACCGAGAGCCGCCCGUCUCCUUAAGGCUGGGUGUGGAGCCUCUCUGCGAGCGGAGGCCUCUGCUGCUUUCGCCACCCCCUAGGCUUCCUGAAACUCUAAGCAAUGGAUGAAGACGCAAAUCAAAUGCAGCCCUUGAAUGACAAGCAGGUGCUGAACUCAGAAGGUGGAUAUGUAUGGCAGGUCACCGAUAUGAAUCGACUCCACCGUUUCUUAUGUUUUGGUUCAGAAGGUGGUACUUACUACAUCAAGGAGCAGAAACUGGGCUUUGAAAAUGCUGAAGUUUUAAUAAGACUGAUUGAAGAUGGCAAAGGUUGUGAUGUGGUACAGGAAAUAAAGACGUUCAGCCAAGAAGGCAGGGCAGCAAAACAGGAGCCCAUGCUUUUUGCUCUUGCAAUUUGUUCACAGUGCUCUGAUGCAAAAACAAAACAAGCAGCGUUUAAGGCUGUUUCUGAAGUCUGCCGCAUACCAACUCAUCUGUUUACUUUCAUCCAAUUUAAAAAGGAUCUGAAGGUGGGCAUGAAGUGUGGCAUGUGGGGCCGUGCCCUGAGAAAAGCUGUUGCAGAUUGGUACAAUGGAAAGAAUGGCCUGGCUGUUGCUUUAGCAGUUACAAAAUAUAAACAAAGAAAUGGUUGGUCUCAUAAAGAUCUGCUGAGGUUGUCCCACCUAAAACCUGCCAGCGAAGAACUUGCUGUAGUUACUAAGUAUAUCACCAAGGGGUGGAAGGAAGUCCAGGAGGCAUAUAAAGACAAGGAAUUUUCUUCUGAGACUGAAAAAUUGUUAAAAUAUCUGGAGGCUGUGGAGAAAGUGAAACACACGAAAGAUGAAUUGGAAGUUAUUCAUUUGAUAGAAGAGUAUAGGUUAGUUAGGGAGCAUCUCCAGACAAACCAUUUGAAAUCUAAAGAGGUGUGGAAGGCAUUGUUGCAGGAGAUGCCCAUUACAGCAAUGUUGAGGAAUCUAGGAAAGAUGACUGCAAAUUCAGUACUUGAACCAGCAAGCCCAGAAGUAGCAAUAGUGACUGAAAGACUGAGAAAUGAGAAAUUGUUAAAAAAGGCUCGAAUACAUCCAUUCCAUGUUUUGGUUGCAUUAGAAACCUACAAAACAGGACAUGGAAACCGGGGAAAACUUCGGUGGCUUCCUGAUAAAGACAUUUUAGAAGCUCUUGAUGCCUCUUUUUACAAAACAUUCAAGACAGUGGAACCAACAGGAAAGCGUUUCUUGCUUGCAGUUGAUGUCAGUGCUUCCAUGACACAAAAAGUUUUGGGCAGCGUGCUCAAUGCUAGUACAGUUGCUGCAGCAAUGUGUAUGGUUGUUGCACGCACAGAGAAAGAUUCCAAUAUUGUUGCCUUUUCACAUGAAAUGGUCCCUUGUCCAGUGACGAAAGACAUGACAUUACCUCAAGUAUUAGUGAAAAUGUAUGAAAUUCCAAUGGGUGCUACUGAUUGUUCUCUUCCAAUGAUAUGGGCUCAAAAAACACACACAACUGCUGAUGUCUUUAUUGUGUUCACUGAUAAUGAGACCUUCGCUGGAAAUAUUCAUCCUGCAGUUGCUCUAAAGGAGUACAGAGAGAAAAUGGGUAUUCCAUCUAAAUUGAUCGUUUGUGGAAUGACAUCAAAUGGCUUUACCAUAGCAGACCCAGAUGAUAGAGGCAUGUUGGAUAUAUGUGGCUUUGACACAGGAGCUCUAGAUGUCAUUCGCAACUUUACUUUGGAUUUGAUUUAAUCUGCUAGCAUCUGUUAUUCACAGUGGGUCCAUUGCUGGCAAGAGACUCUGCCCUGAGAACUCCCAGCCAAAUGUACUGUACUAAAAUAUGGCACAUGAUGCACAUAUCAGAAUGAUACCUUUUUGUAAAGAGAAAAGCAGAUGAUAAAUUACUUUUUUUUUUUUUUUUGCACGUAGUUUAAAAAUAACAAUGGGAAAGCCUGCUAAACAUAACUACGCAGUUUGAUUUAAUUUCACUUGUAAUAGUUGAACAAUACUAAGGUUUUCUGUCACUGUAAAAUGCCUUUGUCUUCAAUAAUAAAUUGAUGAGUUACUUCUGGUAUUGGGAGUCUGGGCAGGAAAGGGAAAUGGUGUUAUUGUUUUUAAAUAGUGUCAAUUUAACAGCAGUUUACUCAAGGUUCUUGGUUUGUUUUUUUAAUAUUUGUAUUUGAGAAGAAUAAGAUUCAACCAUUUCCAUUGUUCAGUUUGAAAUCUAUAAAAGAAAUUAUUUUCUGGAGUGCACUAGACCAUGUAACUGUGAUGGAGUGUAAAAUUACUUAUCAAAUUUUAUACUGACAAAGUGAAAGUAGAAAUAUGUGAUUUAAAUUGUGAUAAUCAGACUUUUUCUGAACAGAUUACUAUCUGGAUCUUCUAAAAUAAAAUAUGUAACUUUUUUGGUAAAUUGAAAGGCAGUUUUUGUACAUUGCAAUUUCCGCAGCACUAUUGUAGAAUUUGUAUGCUUUGUAAGAAAUCUCUACAAACUCUUUCUGGCAAAAGAAGUCAUAAAAUGACUUGUCCAUGAAGUCAUAAAAUGAAGUCCCAUCCUCCAAAGUAAUAGCUUGCUGAGGUUUCAUGUGCUUUUUCGAUGAGGAAGAUUAACAAAUACAUCUGAAUUAGUGUGACUCUUAAGUUUUUGGUCAUCAUAACCAGAAAAAAAUUAGCUGUUAAUUUCUGUAUUAUCUGUUCAUUCUUUUGAAGAAAUCUUACCAUCCAAAAGAGCACUUCUUAGCAUUUGUUUUAAAAAGAAAUUAAAUCAGUAAUCUGUUUUCAAAACUACUACUACUUUAGUGACAUUCUUUGAGUGAUCUUUCUGCAUUUAUACAGCUGCCCCCUUCACACUCAAAAUCUUACUUGCUUAGCAAUGUAUUGGAAAUGAGAGUUUUAAUCUUCUGUAUGACAAUAAAGAAAGAAGAGGACAAAAGGCAUAGGGGAGAAAGUUGUGUCUACAGAUAACUUCUUGACUCUGUUUUAGAGCAGGAAUUGAUAGUAAUGUGUUUUUUCUGUCUGUCUCUUCAGAAUGUCACAGAUUAAGAACACAAGUUUUAUCCUUAAGUUUUUAAGUAUUACUUUACAUCUUUCCCUAAAUUGUAUGCAUGUGGCUGUCAGUGUCCUGCUAGCUGUGGUUAUUUUAAAAGAUUAAUUUGGUAUUUGUUUGAAAAAAAUUGUAGUUGUAAAAUAAGCUAAUUAUAGUAAAUAAUACAUCACACUUCUGUUGCUAUGCUGAAAAUAUCCUUUGAGAUGUAAAGCAGGUGUUCACAUUUGAACAAUGGAUAAACUCUUGAUAUCUCCUUAUUCAAUAUGUUUAAAGUAUAAAGAAAAUAAGUUUAAUGUUAGUGUGUGUAGGAUGGAGAUUUUAGACUCUGACAAUAUUUAAAAUGUAAACGGGUGACUGCAUGCCCCAGGCUUACUGCCUCAAUUUGUCAGACUAAUGUUCAAGGUGUCGUACUACACAUUUAUGCCCUACUUCAAGGAUUAAUUAGAACAGUGAAGAGUCCCACUCUGUCAUGAAUUUUACAUGGACAGUAUUUGAGCUGUUUUUAAAAUUGUCAUUUGAAGAACUGGUGGUAAUGGACUAGUGGCUUUCAGUCAAAGUGAAUGGAACUUCUUUCAGUUAAUAAUUGGUGACAGUGCAGUAGUAGAAUAAAGUUUUCAAAAUGCGGGGCUACUAACAGUUUUUUCAGGUGACAACAUCCAGAAGCAACUUCAUUGCUUUCUUUGUAAAAGGAAUUUCAAGAUGCAGGUCCCCCAUCUUAUUUUUCUCUUUGUAAUCUAUCCUUUUGGAGUGAGAAAUUCCCUAACAUUUUCAAGCUUCCUGCAAAAGAGGUAUAGAGAACGUGGGGAAUGCACUCACUUGAUCAAGAUAUGUUGCUAAUUAUUUCAAAUAAACACAUGGGUAUCUUUUUUUUUAAAUAUAUUUAUUUUUUUUUCUAAAUCAUACAAUAGUUGAAUAUUGAAUAAAAAUGUUUACUGCUGAGCCAGAGAUGUUAAUGAAAACUGGGUAGGUGUUGUAAGUACAGUUUAUUAUUGGGAAGUAAUAAGAGUCUAGUGUUUAAUAUAAAUAUUACAUGGAUUGGAAAAUUAGGAAACUGUGUACAUAGAAAAUAUGAAAUGACCUUAUGCAAUUCUUGCACAAACCUAUGAUAAUUAAAAAGAUUUGAUGGGACUAAUGACCGUACUAACAGAUGAACAGUGGAAAAUUACCCUAAUACUGAAUCAUUGAAAUAAACCCAGUUGAAAACCUAAAUCCUAGAUAAACAGAGUGAAGAUAAACAUUCAGUACAGUCUACAGCACAUUAAGUACAUCUGUUAGAGUUGUGUACCACUUCUAAUCAUAUCCUCUCCAUUACUGAAAGAUUGAGUAUGGAAUAUGCUCCUAAGUACUUACCUUGCUCUCUACUGAAAGAUACUAAUAGGGUACAAUUUUACAUUCUUACUGGUUUUGUUUGUACUGAUAAGACUAUAUUGUCCUCUAUGUGAGCUGUUCCCCAAAAUGUUCCUAUUAGUAGAUGGAUAGGGCUUGUGCCUUCCUUCCGUGGAAGUGGUAGAGAGAGGAGUCCUUUUCCCCAAUAGCAGAUUGCUUGAGAUCCGCAAAGGCCUUACUUAUGGCAGGAGCCGGGAGGCAAAGCAGAGGGGCUGCCGUCGCCUAAGCCUCCCUUGAAGGUUUCCAGAGUACAGAGAGGGAGAGCUGGAAGUUUAACACUGACAAGGUCAGUAUUAGCGUACAUGCUGAAGUCCCACAAGUCUGGAAGAUGUAUUUCCACUCACCUCAUUCUCUUUUUGCAUAUGGUUCUGAACCCUAAGGUUGGGAGCAUAGAGCAUAACAUAUGCAUAGAGCAUAACAUGAUUGCUAUGGUUGUUACGUUCUUCAGUCUUAAAUCCAGUAACCGAACAGUUUCUAGUCUGCAGAACGAAUAGGUCCAGAUAAUUUGCAAAUUGCAGUGUGGAUGUGUGUGUGGGGGGGGGAACUAGUCUAAUAGUUACAGUAACAUUAAAAAAAAUACCAUUAAAAUGUGUGAGUUAAAGGCAUAAUUGCCAAACUUGAUUCAGAAUUAAAUUAUUUAUGGUAAAUAUACUGUAUUACCUUUUCACCAAAGAGGAGAGAUGACCUUAUCUUAAUAUUAUUGUUUGCAUUGGUGGAAUACUUUGUUUCCAUUUGGCUCUAGACAAAAUACAAUCAAGUAUAAUUGUGCACUGAGAUUUAUUACAGAAAGGAUAAAUUUAAGAGCUAGUUUGAAAUUAAAUUCAGUUUCUCAAAGUGAAUAUUUCCAAAUGUCUGCAGUAGGCAAAAGUCCCGUUAGGGGUGUGAUUUGAUUUCCUGAUACCUGCCUGAAUAAAGAGGUUUUCAAAUCAAUUUCCAUUUCACUAGAAACCCACAUGCUAGAUUUUCAUUAGAGUUAUUGAUAGCUACAGAAUACGUAUGUGGGUUGUUUAAAGAAUGAAAAACACUUAGUAAUAGCUGGGUUUGUAAUAUAAAGUGCUGCUGUGCAAGAAGCUAAUGGGGUUUGGAAGCAUUUCAAAAAUAUUUAACAUUAUCCUAACACCUGAGAAUAACGCCUAACUAUUGUGUAUAUUUAAGGAUGUAAUGGUGACAGGCUUGUGCUUUGAGAAAGAGGGGGCGGAGGGGGGUGAGAACUGGAAGCAUAAUAUGUAAGUAAAACCCAGGGUGAUCAAGUGCUCCUUGAUUUUAUAUGUCAAGAGCUUGCCUCAAAGAAGUUAGAGGAUACUUUUUUGAUCAGAGCAGUGACAACGGAGCCCAAACUAUAGACCCAUUGCUAGAAGAAUAUGUAUGUGGAUUUAGGACUUCAAAAAAACAACAACCUGACUUAAGAUCCCAAUUUGGGUAGCUCUUUACAAAGACAAUUGGGGGUGGGGGAAAAGUGUUUCCUGAAAACACUUAGGCCAUGUCCACACUUACCAGUAGAUUGUCUCUGCUGUAAUCGAUGCAGCAGUGUCAAGUUAGCGAUCUGUUGAAGACCCACUAAAUAGAUUGCAGAGCACUCUCCAGUCGAUUCUGGUACUCCAGCUCCCCAGUUGCCGGGAGAGAGAGGGAAGUUGCCGGGAGAGCUUCUCCUGUCGACCCAGCAUAGUGUAGACACCGGGGUAAGUUGACCUAAGCUACGUCGACUUCAUUUAUGUUAUUCACAUAACUGAACUAGUGUAAUUUGGGUCGACUUGCCGCAGUAGUGUAGACCAGCCCUUAAAUUCCCUCUCCCUUUUUACCUCAUUUAGUUACAUUUUAGUGUAUUUGUUGUUUUUAAAUUGUUUGAUAUAUAUAACAAAAUCUAAAAUAUAGAAAAGUUAAUUAAUAUGGAACUUAACAGGUUGUCAAGAAUUGGGUUUUACACUGAGAAAUUUGGAUUUACGAUAAAGAAGGAGAAUUUGAGAUCCAUUUGUAUUUUUUAAAUACAGGAAAAAGUGUCAUUUACUCACAAUCCUAAAAAUGGAAAUGAUGAUCUAAAAAUAAAGUCUACUCAGCUUCCAAAUGUCAUGGGGCCAGUUUGAUAAAACAGCAGUAAAGUAACUGGCCAUAAGACCACUCUGUGCCUAAAACACCUGUUAAGUCAGCUAGCUUGUAGACAGACAUAAUUAUAUAAUUAUGACAUAAUCAGUAAUAAGACAUCUUCAGUAAUAAGAAGCAACAUCUUUAUACUCCUUUAAGCCCCUAAAAUUGUGCUGUAUAGCCUUUUAAGGACACACUAACUUUAUAUUCUUGGUUUAAAAUGUAUAUAAAUUAAUCUAGACUCUUUUUUUUUUUAACCUGUUUGAUUUACAAAGGCACUUAUUCAGCUAACCAUUGUUAUCCAUUGCAAAAACACUGCACUUCUUAAUCAUGUAGCUAGUUGGCUGCCUGCCCCAAGCUGGGGCAUUAGUUGUGCCAGUUCUAUCUAUUGUCCUUGCCCCGUUUUGUUCUCCCAUUGAUACUGGGUUUUUUUUUUCCUCUUCCCCAUCUCUGUUCUGUUCUUUAAUUUUUACUUCUAUUUAACUUUACAAUUUGCCUUGUGCUUCUGAUCUCAUUCUGCACUCUAAUAAGAUUGUUGUUGGUUUGUAAAGUUGAUGAGCAAGCUUUAUUUUCUCAUUUAAAAACUAACACCAGAGCAUUCCUUUUAUUUACAAUUUUUUGCCUUAAAUAUUUUAAAACUUAAAUAAUUUUCAUUUCUUUAGCAUACGAAUUGUAGGAAAAGUUAUUUGUAACUAACUAGAUCAUAUUUUUCAUAAAUUAUAAAGUCAGAAGAGGCACCAUUGGGAUCGUCUAGUCUGAUUUGUAAAAUACAGGAAAUAUAUCAUUGCACAUUAAAAUCAAAUUGUACAGUAGCAUAAAAUCUGCUUCUUUGAGUGCUUGCUUUAAUGUCCAUUCCAGUGUAAGUGGGCACGUGUUGCAUACACUGUUGCCAGAAAGGUUUUUCCUCAAGAGGUAUCCAUUGUGUUGGCUCUGGUGCCCCCUAGUCAUGCCCUCAUGGCUGGGUAUAUAGGACACCUACCAACCCACUGCCCCUUCAGUUCCUUCUUACCGCCCGUGAUGGUGUCUGGAACAUCUCUGGUCUCUUGCAAGUGCUUCGUCUCAGUGGACUUUUUCUAUAAAAUAGUUGUAAAUAGCUACUCUUAGUGGUUAAUUAGAACUUAGAAGCAGUAUAGUUAUUAAAUGUUUCCGGCUUAGUAAAGUUAGGCCACCUGGACCCAGGUGGCUGCCUCAGUCCCAGGAGUUCAAUCAGUGAGCGGCGUGCCACAAACAGAUGCCGGUUAGUGACCCACAUAGUAGUUGUCUGAGGUGUCUAGUGGAGGCAGGAGCAAUGCAGAAUCUUCAGGAGCUUCAAGCCCAGGACAAAAAAGGACAGGGACAACAGACUUAAGUUCCUCCUCAUGGGGGCAGCGCUUCGUCCCCCCUCAGAGCCGAUUUCAGGUGGAAUUGGCACUUGGAUGUUGGUGAGGAGUGCCCUGGCCCCUCUGAGGGAGGCGGGGUGCCAUUCCCUUUUCCUGGCACCAAGAAAGGACUCCGCACCGGUGACCCAGGACUCCUAGCACCGCCAUGUGUCCCUGGUGGAAAACAAGUCAACACUGGCAACAGACUCCUGGCACCGCUCACUAUCACCAGUACCAAAGAAGAAACAAAACAAGGCGGACCGGGGGUGCUCUCCAACUCCAAGUUCCACGAGUAAUAGGGAUGCUGUGAGGAUGCGACCUGUGCCAGGCCACUCUGAGGCACCGAUGGCGCAUGCGACACAAGUCGACUCCAGCCCCGUAAAGUUUGUUGUUGAGUCCAGUGUCAGUGGACUCCCUCCACAGGGAAAGCUACUACAGCACAACAGCCCUGGCUCUACCAUCUAUGCCAGAAUUUUUUGAGGCAGCAAGAGUCCUUUCCCUCCUGAUGCCGCCUUCCCCAGCUGUCCAGGAACUGUUGGUGGCAGAUCCAGCACCAAGGACCACCCGGGCAGGCGCCAGCGAAGGGCAAGCUGGCAAUGAUGGCAUAGCACCGAUCCCCUCCAUCGCAGCACCGCUUUCUAGUACUGGUCGGUACCACCUUGGUCUCCAAGAAGCAAAUUUUCCAACUCUGGUUUGGAAGCAGAGUCCAAUGCUAUGCACAGGAGCAGACAUUGCUCAGCUCAGCGACACCCGGAGGCAGACAUGGGCCAGGCCAUGAUGCUGGCUGCAUGGUCACCAACACAAUGGCAGCUUGCCACUGCUUCCAGACUUAAUCUCCCAAGAUCACGGUCUCUUAUGUCACCCAAACCUCAAAUCCCGCUACCUCAUGGCUUGGAAACUCCAGUUUGCAAGGUGUUCUUGAGGUGUAGGACGCCUUCUACUAGGGCAACAUACCUGGAAAAGUGGAAGAGGUUUUCGGUCUGGUCGAUGCAGAAAGGUGUUUUGCCUACGGAAUUAUCACUGCCCUUCAUCCUGGACUACCUGCUCCACUUAAAGCAGGAAUGUCUGACGGUGUAAUCCUAUAAGGGUUCAUCUGCCCACGAUCUUUGUGUUUCACCCCGGGUGAAUCGCCAAUCGGUCUUCUCCAAAGCAAUCUGUGGCUAUUUCUUUAAGGGUCUGGAACGACUGUAUUCACACAUACAACAGCCCCUGCCUCCUUGGGACAUCAACUUGGUGUUGUCGAGGCUGAUCGGACCUACAUUUGAGCUGCUGGUGACGUUCUCCCUGCUUUUACCUGUCUUAGAAGGUGGACUUCCUAGUCGCCAUUACUUCUGCCAGAAGGGUCUCUGAGAUCUGAAUGCUCAGAAUCACCGUGUAUGGUCUCCUUCAAGGACAAGGUACUGCUGUGGCCACACCCAUCUUUCCUGCCAAAGGUGGUCUUGCAAUUUCAUGGUAAUCAGGAUAUCGUUCUGCCAGUCUUCUAUCUGAAGAUGCAUGCUAAUAGGGAAAAACAGAGACUACACUGCUGGAUGUGAAGUGUGCACCAGCUUUUUACAGAGAAGGCCAAACCCUUUAGAAAGCUCACCCAGCUGUUCAUAGCUAUCACGGACAAAAUGAAAGGCUGACCAGUCUUAGCUCAAAGAAUCUUAUCAUGGAUCACCUGUAUCCACACACAUGACCUAGCAAAGGUCCCAGUUCCUAGGUUGACAGCCCACUCUACAAGAGCUCAAGCAUCAUCGAUAGCGUUUGUGUGGCACAAAUGUCAAUCCAGAAUAUCUGUAGAGUGGCAACAUGGUUGUCGAGUCAUAUGUUCAUGACACACUAUCCUAUCACUUAACAAGCUAGAGAUGACUCAGGCUUCAGCUGAGCAGUGCUACAAUCAGCAUGCCAAUGAACUCCAAACCUUCCACCUGCACAACUGUUUCAGUCACCUACAUCGGAAUGGACAUGAGCAAGCACUUGAAGAAAAAACAGUUACUAACCAUCCGUAACUGUUGUUUGAGAUACGUUGCUCGUGUCCAUUCCAAAAUCUGCCCGCCUUACCCCUCUAUCGGAGUUAGCUGACAAGAAGGAAAUUAGGGGUUGGCAGGAUGCUUGUAUACCGCACCAUCAGGGUGCGACUCUAGUGGGCACCAGAGCCUACCCGACAGAUACCACUGAGGGAAAAACUUUCCGGUGAUGGUGCAUGCAGCAUGUGCACAGCUACAUUGGAAUGGAUAUGAGCAACACAUUUCUAAGAACAAUAAUUAUGGAAGGUAGUAACAGGUUUUUAUUUUUUUCUUUUCUUUUUGGAAAAUAAUUCUCAAAGAUAAUCCAACACCUACCAUUUGAUGAUUUAAUAGGCUUUAAAAUUGUACAAGCUAAUUUAAAAUACUUGUCUAAAAAUAAAGUCUCUAUUUCUAUAGUUUGUAUAGUGAUCAUGCUCUCUAUUUUUAAAAUAUAUUGAGUUAUAUUCCCAUAAUAAAGGGACCUAUUAAAUUAAUAUUCUGGAUAGAUAGGCAGCUUUGCAACAUUAGUGAAAUUUUCUUGUGUCUAGAAUGUAGGCAGAAAUUUGAGAAAGGAGAUUUAUUUAUCAUGUAUAGGCUUCGAAUUAAUUUAACAAUAUUUCUGCAUUUUUACAGGUUUAUGCUAGCUAUUUUCAAAGGUUUUAUAGAGAUAUGUACAGUGAAUACAUGGUUUGAACAGACUUAUUCUUGUAACAGGUAGAAGUUUUUACCGUACCAUAAGAUUGCAUAACAUACAGCAUUACUGAAAAUAUUGUCUGAGUGAGGAAUAUGGGAAAAAGGUAAGUCAGUAAGAUGGUAUAUGUGCUGCUUGUCAUACCUAAAAUUGAGGUUAAGUUUAACAAAUCUCAGCAGAAGGUAUGAUGCCUGUAAAUGUUACAUGUGGGUUUAUAGUUUCUAAUAUUGUGACAUUUUUCCUUCAGAUAUUUUUGCGUUUUGAAUGAAAGUUUAAAUAAAUAUAUGGUAACACUUAAAGGUAAGAACAUAUAAAAAUGAUUAUUUGACAAAUAAUGAAUAGAAAUAAUGAUAAAUGGUACCAACUAAUAAAUGUUAUCAGCUGCUUAAUAGUUGAGCUCAACAGGUAACAAAUAAAAUGACUAUUCUAUUACACUUUCCUUUUAAAGUACGGUACUGAAAUAAUUGUUUUAAAAGUCACUUUCUUGUGCAGUAGUUCUGCUCCUGAGGUGUAUUCAAAUUUCUAUAGGCAUAACUAACUAAUUUACAGUAAAUUCCCUCCCCCAAUUUAUUACACAUUUUAGCAAUGCAGAGUUCGGUCCAGGUGAGAAACCUUGAUUCUGUUUGAUUCAAGCAUCAUGAUCAACAUAACUGAAUUCCUAUUGGAGAAUCUUUUUUUUUUAUUGGUGAUGUAUGUGUUUAACUCUCAGUUCCCAGAUUGAAUUUGCAGGCUAGCAAUUAGAAAAACAAUGUGUAAUUGUAAGCUAUACAGUUUUGAUCCGAAGUCAUUGAUUAACAAUAAAUGUGGAACGCUCCCUUCUCAUAAUGCAGAUUUUAGAGUCCUGUUUUAGUGUAGAAAUCUCACUUUAAAAUUAUAUAUAUGGCUUUGUGCUACUUUCUAUAGAGUAAAACUAAAUUCAUUUGAGAAAAGAUCUUUGGAAGGAAGCCUUAAUUUGGUAAAUAAUGACAUUAACCAUUUGAGUACCUUAACAUAUUCAUCUUUAUUUAGUAAAUGGGCACUCAUUAGUAUCUAUAAGCACUCAGUGUGUUUCCUGAACUAUUAGUGGAAUUUUGCCUUAAACAAUUUCCUCAGAUUACUAGAGCAUAGAACUCAAAUGGUUAGUAUUUUUAGGAAGAUUUUUAAAAAUUUACAGGUAACAAAAUGAAAAGUAAGGUAUUGAGAAAAUUCCUUUGCAUGCUAUUAUUUUUUUACACUCGAAGAUUUACUAGUCUUCAUCUGAGGUCUUGUUUUUAAUUGGCAGACCUAAGUAAUCUACAUAGAGGAAAAAAAGAAGAAAAAUCUUUACCAGCAUUUGUACAAAAUAGUUUUUAUUUCGUACAAAAUUAGUGAGAGAGGUAUACAUUUGUGUGUUUAAUUUGAUGGAUAUGUCCUUGUAAAUCAAAACUUACCAGGGCAGUGAAGAAGUUAGCAAAAUGUAGUAAACUUUGCAAUAAUAAUAAAAUAUAUAUCCAGGAUCAGUGUGUUUAUUAACUCUUUAUAUAUGUUAAAGAUGCACUGUGCCUUUCAGAAACUGUGGACAGGGUGUAUUAUUUAAACUGAAAAAUUAUUGCAACCUAAAAAGUUCAGUCCGAUAAAGUGUAUUGUGAGAAUAAGUAUGCAGGUCUUAAAUUACAUGGGGUCUCCUUCUAAUCAUAUUCUCUGCUCUGAAAAGAUAUUUGAUGCUACAUCUCUUUUGAGAAGGAACUGUCUCCUACUGUGAAUUUGUACAGUAGUCUGGGGCCACAAUCCUAAGUGAGACCUCUGGGCACCACUUUAAUACAAAUAGUGACUAAUAAUUCAUCAGCCAUAAGCCUUUUUUAUUGUGAAUAGUGCACCUUUAACAGUGUAAUGGUCCAUUUUGAGGAAGAAAAGGAUAUGCUUUCCUGUUUGCAUAUUAACAACAUUUCUCAAAUACUGCAGGGUUUGCUGUUGCCAAUAUCCUGGCCUUAGAUGUACAUUAUAUUGAAAUUAUUAUUUUUAGACGUUUACUUGCAAGUGAAAUAAUGCUAAUAAACUGCAUUAUGACUGUAGAAUUUGAUACGAGUACUAAAUAAACUCUAUGAAUAGCA